GACCGAGUGGCCAGAAUGGUUCAGAGUGGAGGGUGUUCUGCUAAUGAUUUCAGAGAGGUGUUCAAGAAAAACAUCGAAAAACGUGUCCGCAGCUUGCCAGAAAUAGACGGCCUGAGCAAAGAGACUGUGCUGAGCUCAUGGAUAGCCAAAUACGAUGCCAUUUACAGGGGAGAAGAAGACUUGUGUAAACAGCCAAACAGGAUGACCCUGAGUGCCGUGUCUGAGCUUAUUCUGAGCAAGGAGCAGCUCUAUGAAAUGUUCCAACAGAUCCUGGGUAUUAAAAAACUGGAACACCAGCUACUUUAUAAUGCAUGCCAGCUGGAUAAUGCCGAUGAGCAAGCAGCCCAGAUCAGAAGAGAACUUGAUGGACGCCUGCAGUUGGCAGAGAAAAUGGCAAAGGAAAGAAGAUUUCCCCGAUUUGUCUCGAAAGAAAUGGAGACUAUGUACAUAGAAGAGUUGCGGGCCUCUGUGAAUUUGCUAAUGGCCAAUCUAGAAAGUCUUCCCGUUUCAAAAGGUGGUCCAGAAUUUAAGUUACAAAAAUUGAAGCGUUCCCAGAAUUCUGCAUUCUUGGACCUAGGAGAUGAGAAUGAGAUCCAACUGUCCAAGUCGGAUGUGGUGCUGUCAUUCACCUUGGAGAUUGUCAUAAUGGAAGUGCAGGGUCUGAAGUCAGUGGCUCCUAAUCGGAUUGUCUACUGUACGAUGGAGGUGGAAGGAGGAGAAAAGCUGCAGACGGACCAGGCUGAAGCUUCAAGGCCACAAUGGGGAACUCAAGGAGAUUUCAGCACUACCCACCCGCGGCCUGUGGUCAAAGUGAAACUCUUCACAGAAAGCACAGGAGUCCUGGCCCUGGAAGACAAGGAACUGGGCAGGGUGAUAUUAUACCCAACUUCUAAUAGCUCCAAGUCGGCAGAGUUACACCGAAUGAUAGUUCCCAAGAACAGUCAGGACUCUGACUUAAAGAUCAAAUUGGCAGUGCGCAUGGAUAAGCCACCACACAUGAAGCACAGUGGGUAUCUGUAUGCCCUUGGACAGAAGGUUUGGAAAAGAUGGAAAAAGCGUUACUUUGUUCUUGUUCAGGUUAGCCAGUAUACCUUUGCUAUGUGCAGUUAUAGAGAAAAAAAGUCUGAACCACAGGAACUAAUGCAACUUGAAGGAUACACUGUGGAUUACACAGACCCCCACCCAGGCCUUCAAGGUGGCCAUGUGUUUUUUAAUGCUGUUAAAGAGGGAGAUACUGUCAUAUUUGCCAGUGACGACGAACAGGACAGAAUAUUAUGGGUACAAGCCAUGUACAGGGCCACAGGCCAGUCUUAUAAACCAGUUCCUGUCGUUCAAAGCCAGAAGCUAAAUCCUAAAGGAGGAACACUCCACGCAGAUGCUCAGCUUUUUGGUAAAGAUGCAGACCGUUUUCAGAAACAUGGGAUGGAUGAGUUUAUUUCUGCUAGUCCUUGCAAGCUUGACCAUGCCUUCCUCUUCAGAAUUCUCCAGAGACAGACUUUGGAUCAUAGACUGAAUGAUUCCUAUUCCUGUUUGGGGUGGUUUAGCCCUGGCCAAGUCUUUGUGUUAGAUGAAUACUGUGCCCGCUAUGGUGUGAGAGGCUGUCACAGGCAUCUCUGCUACCUUACAGAACUGAUGGAACAUUCAGAAAACGGUGCUGUCAUUGACCCCACCCUGCUCCAUUACAGCUUUGCAUUCUGUGCCUCUCACGUGCAUGGCAACAGACCUGAUGGAAUUGGAACUGUUUCAAUCGAAGAAAAAGAAAGGUUUGAGGAGAUAAAGGAGAGGCUUUCUUCCCUUUUAGAAAAUCAGAUAAGCCACUUCAGAUACUGUUUUCCUUUCGGACGGCCUGAGGGUGCUCUAAAAGCUACACUUUCCUUACUUGAAAGGGUUUUAAUGAAGGACAUCGCCACUCCCAUCCCCGCGGAGGAGGUGAAGAAAGUAGUCAGAAAAUGUCUGGAGAAAGCUGCCUUGAUCAAUUACACUAGGCUCACAGAGUAUGCCAAAAUUGAAGGGCCUGCAGAAAAGGAAACAGAGACCAUGAACCAGGCAACUCCUGCCAGGAAGCUGGAAGAGGUUCUUCAUCUCGCAGAGCUCUGCAUAGAAGUCCUGCAGCAGAAUGAGGAGCAUCAUGCUGAGGGAAGAGAGGCAUUUGCCUGGUGGCCAGACUUGUUGGCUGAACAUGCAGAGAAGUUUUGGGCUUUAUUCACAGUAGAUAUGGAUACUGCGCUGGAGGCACAACCUCAAGACUCAUGGGAUAGCUUUCCUCUUUUCCAGCUGCUGAAUAAUUUCCUCAGAAAUGACACACUUUUGUGUAAUGGAAAAUUUCACAAACACUUGCAAGAGAUCUUCGUGCCCUUGGUUGUCCGCUACGUUGACCUGAUGGAGUCCGCCAUCGCCCAGUCGAUUCACAGAGGUUUUGAGCAGAAGACAUGGCAGCCAGUCAAGAAUAUCGCCAACAGUCUUCCCAAUGUAGCUCUUCCAAAAGUUCCAAGUCUGCCUCUUAAUCUUCCACAGAUUCCUAGCUUUUCUACUCCUCCGUGGAUGGCUUCUUUAUAUGAGUCCACCAAUGGCUCAACAACAUCUGAAGAUCUGUUUUGGAAACUUGAUGCACUGCAAAUGUUUGUCUAUGACCUACAUUGGCCAGAACAAGAAUUUGCCCACCACUUAGAGCAAAGACUUAAACUUAUGGCCAGUGAUAUGAUAGAGGCCUGUGUCAAAAGAACAAGAACUGCAUUUGAACUCAAGCUGCAAAAGGCAAACAAAACAACUGACUUGCGCAUCCCAGCUUCCGUGUGCACCAUGUUUAAUGUAUUAGUUGAUGCUAAAAAGCAAAGCACAAAGCUAUGUGCCCUGGAUGGAGGACAGGAGUUUAGGAGUCAAUGGCAACAGUACCAUUCAAAAAUAGAUGAUUUGAUUGACAACACUGUGAAAGAAAUUAUUGCACUGCUAGUUUCAAAGUUUGUCUCCGUGCUGGAAGGGGUGCUGUCUAAGCUGUCUAGGUAUGACGAAGGCACUUUCUUUUCAUCCAUUCUGUCAUUCACUGUGAAAGCAGCUGCAAAAUACGUUGAUGUCCCUAAACCAGGAAUGGACCUGGCAGACACCUACAUCAUGUUCGUUCGGCAAAACCAGGAUAUUCUUCGAGACAAGGUCAAUGAAGAAAUGUAUAUAGAAAAGUUGUUUGAUCAAUGGUACAGCAAUUCCAUGAAAGUCAUUUGUGUGUGGCUGGCUGACAGACUAGACCUACAGCUUCAUAUUUACCAACUGAAGACGCUCAUCAAGAUCGUGAAGAAAACCUAUAGGGACUUCCGGUUGCAAGGUGUGUUGGAAGGGACGCUGAACAGUAAGACAUAUGACACUCUGCACAGACGUUUAACUGUGGAGGAGGCCACAGCCUCAGUUUCAGAAGGAGGAGGACUUCAGGGCAUUACCAUGAAGGACAGUGAUGAAGAAGAAGAAGGCUGAUAACGCACAGUUCCACAAAAAGACUGAAGGCCUCAGCAUUGCUUUGUGCACCCUGUC